AAUCCUGAGCAGCCUUGAACUAACCCCGGAAGCGAGGUUUCCGGUGGCUACUUCCCCUCUGUAAGAUCUUGAUGAAUAAAAUAAAGCAGACAUAAUCUCUAAAAAGAUUAUUUAUACCUUGGUGUUUGAAAUGUUUUAUGUUUAGAAUAGUAGUAAAAAUGGAAAAUGAAAAAGCAAAUGAUGAUGGACAACCAGACCCAGAGAAUUCCUUGGACUUUUCUGAACACUUUAACCAACUUGAGUUGUUGGAAACACAUGGACACCUUAUUCCCACUGGUACCCAAAGUCACUGGGUAGGAAAUUCUGAUGAAGAUGAAGAACAAGAUGAAAAGACUGAAGAGUGGUAUCAAUUGCAAGAAAAGAAAAUGGAAAAAGAUCCAAGCAAAUUGCUUCUUUGGGCUGCGGAAAAAAAUCGGCUGACCACAGUGCGGAGACUACUUUCCGAAAAGGCCACUCAUGUGAACACUAGAGAUGAAGAUGAGUAUACACCUCUUCACCGAGCAGCCUACAGUGGACACUUAGAAGUUGUCCGUGAGCUAAUAGCACAAGGAGCAGAUGUUCAUGCGGUGACUGUGGAUGGCUGGACACCCCUGCACAGUGCUUGUAAGUGGAAUAAUACUAGAGUCGCUUCUUUCUUACUUCAGCAUGGUGCAGAUAUCAAUGCCCAAACAAAAGGCCUCUUGACCCCCUUACAUCUUGCUGCCGGGAACAAAGACAGCAAAGAUACUCUAGAGCUCCUCCUGAUGAACCGCUACAUCAAACCAGGUCUGAAAAACAACUUGGAAGAAACUGCAUUUGAUAUCGCCAGGAGGACAAGUAUCUAUCACUACCUCUUUGAAAUUGUGGAAGCCUGCACAAAUUCUUCACCUCAGUCUUAACGGUUCUAAUCAUUUUCUUAAGUUUCUAAGUACCAGUGCCUCCUUUGUGUGAGAUGUCAAAAAUCCCCGUAAUACAAAGUUGACAUCAAAAGUCUCACUACAAAAAUUCAGUGGUACUUAUUUUAUCCUUCCAAGUGAAUUGCCUGACCUUGAUAUCAAAAUGCAUUUAAAAGUUGUUUGGAUAUAUCUUCAAUGAUUUCUGUGGAGUGUGACUUUUAUCAGAAAUAAUUUUAACUUACCUAUACUUAAAAAUUUGUCAUGAGUUGUACAGAAAAGUAAUGAUAUAUUUGGUGCUGAUCCAAGAAAAAUGUAUUUUUAAAUAUCCCCUAUCCUGAAUCUUUGUUGAAUAUUUAGUAUAUUGACAUGUAUUUUUAUAAGGUAAAGUAACUCAAUUCAGUUUAAAAGUCUUAAAUAUACUGGUGCAGUUCAGCUGUCAUCUCUGUUACCAUAGCCAUUUGCUUUCACUUGAAACCAUAAGAACUAACAUAGUGACUUGAAUCUUGAUAAGUUAAUACAGUCAAGAACCUAGAUUUUUGUCUGUUAGAACCUAGACUGUUUUCAGGAGAGUAGGUAGCUGGAUGUUUAAUCCAUGAAUGUUAAAUACUGCCUCCCCUAUCACAAUUUACACAGUCCUGAGGACAGUCCUACCUCACUCUGGUCCACCUACAUAAUUCUUACCCUACUGGUGAGUCAGCAUGACCUAUUAGACAUACCCACAACUAUAGCUUGGUCCAGGAGAUCAUAAUAUUAUCUGUUACCCAGCUGGUUUUACCUGGCUAAUCCUGCUGAUUUGGGCACUGCUCAUUUAGUCAUUCAAGUUCACAAAGUAUUGAUUUUCCAGGGUCCUCAUUUUAUACAAAGCAAUCAAAGGCCAAGUGACAAGGGAAAAGCAAUUCCUCAGAGUAUGGGAAUGAUUAUUAUAUUGAGGCUAGAAUCACACAGUGGCUUAGGCUUUUUAAAAAGCCACAGUGUGAGUAGUGACAAAAACAUAAAUAUAAUAUUCAAAAAAUAAAGUAUUGAACAACAAAAAAA